ACGGCCUUUCACGGGAAGAUGCAGUAUCUCGCAGGAUUUGUUGGCACCACACGCAGAGGAGAUCAGCGCCCCGUUAUCUCCUACCGUGCGUCGACAACCGUCAACACGGUAUAAGAACGGUGUCAAAGGACCUCGGGCUCUCUGCGGCUCCACUUGGGAACCACGCCUACACCGGUCCUCGGCGACACCAUGGACCUCCGCUGCCUGUGACCACCCAUUUCAUUGUGGCACAAGCAGCAGCAUCCCGCUAAAGGCCUCUCCCACAGGUUGCAGUUUUCCCUCUCAGGAAAAUGGCAGAGCCGAAUGGAGCCACCAAGAAACGGCCGGGCGAAAUGACGGCCGAGGAGGAGGAGCAGCUGUACCGUGACCACCCGCUCACCGAAGACACAACUUGCGGCUACGGCCCACUGCGGUCCGCCUUCCUGCAGAAGUUCGCCAACAAGAAGGCCUUCGUCUUCCUCAACGGCAUCGUGGGGUGCAUUCUGUCUGCCACGUUCGCCUACUACAACGGCACCAUCACCACCCUGGAGAAGCGGUUCAAGAUACCCAGUCGCAACAUAGGUAUCAUCUUCGUCGCGGGCGACCUCGGCACAGUGCUGGUGUCGGGGGUGGUGACGUACUACGGGGGCAGCGGGCACCGGCCGCGCUGGAUCACGCUGGGCAUGUACCUGGUGGUGGGCUCGUGCCUGCUCAACGCCCUGCCACACAUGCUGUACGGCGCGGGAGAAGAGUCGCUCCGGCUCACCGAAGAGUACGGCGCCACCAUCAACGUCAACGAGACCUUGCAGCUCAUCGAGCAGGAGCGGCGCAAGGCGCUGUGCCAGCCGGAGGGGGGCGUGCCCUGUGACGACACGGCGGGCAGCUUCGCGCCGCAGGCCAUCAUGUUCGCAGCCAGCAUGCUGGGCGGACUUGGCAACCCCGUCUACUACACACUGGGCACCACCUACAUGGACGACAACAUCAAGAAGUCCAAGACGCCGGCGCUCAUCAGUUUCUCGUAUUUCCUGCGAAUGCUGGGACCAGCCAUCGGCUACGCGCUGGCGUCAGCUUGCCUGAGAGCCUUCAUCGCGCCCGCCCUGACGCCUACCAUCACCACCAAGGACCCCCGCUGGCUAGGUGCCUGGUGGGUUGGGUGGAUCAUCAUGGCGGGCGUGCUGUUCGUGAUGUCGACGCUGACCGGCAUGUUCCCCAAGCAGCUGCCGCGGGCCGCCGUGCGCCGCCUCAUCGAGCAGGAGAGGCUGAAGGCGCGGGGCGACAAGGAGGCGCUCAGGGCGGCGCAGGAGCCGCACCGGACGUCGCUCUCAGACAUGGUGAAGACGUUCUGGAGGUUGCUGAGAAACGCGACGCUGAUGUGCAACAACCUAGCGGGCAUCUUCUACUUCGUGGGCUACGCGCCGUACUGGAUCUUCAUGCCCAAGUACAUCGAGACGCAGUUCCGGCAGUCGGCCAGCGUCUCGAGCCUGGUGACAGGCACGGUGGGUCUGCUGUUCUCGGCCGUGGGUAUCCUCACCUCGGGGCUGGUCAUCUCCAAGUUCCGGCCGCGCGCGCGCUACCUGGCCGCCUGGAACGUCAUCGUCGGCAUCAUCACCGUCAUGGGAAUGAUCUCCUACGUCUUCCUCGGCUGCAACACCAGCGAGGACACGCACAAGACCCUGCUGCCCACUGGAGAGCUGUCGACGCUGACGGAGUGCAACGCGGCGUGCCGCUGCGACUACGUCACUUACUCCCCCGUCUGCACCGCCGACGGCCGCACCAGCUUCGUGUCCGCCUGCCACGCCGGCUGCCUCUCCUCCUACGUCAACGAUAACGGCACCAGGGUGUUCAGUGACUGCUCGUGCGUGCCGCGUGUCGGCGUCAACGGCUCGCUGAUCGCCGAGAGCGGGGGCGAGGUGCUGCAGGGGGCGUGCCCCGUCGACUGCAUGCGGCCCUUCAUCAUCUUCCUGUGCACCGUCUGCCUACUCAAGUUCGUCGGAUCGACCGGACGCGCCUCCAACUUCCUCGUCUCCGUCAGGUGCGUCGACGAAAAGGACAAGUCUGCUGCCAUGGGGGUCGGCAUCGUCCUGAUAAGCCUGUUCGCCUUCCUUCCCGCUCCCAUAUUCUAUGGUAACCUCCUCGACUCUACAUGCCUGGUAUGGGGUAAGACGUGUUCGGGUACGGGCAAUUGCUGGCUGUACAACGGAGAGACGCUGAGAUACACGCUCAACUUCACGGCUGCAGGUUUUGUAGCUAUUGGGACGCUGUUUGAUGCUGGUGUGUGGUACUUCGUGAAGGACCUGAAGAUAUUUGACGAGGAAGUGAAACCGAAAGAAGUGGAGGAGGUGCAAGAGAAGAUCGUCGUGGAAGAUUGACGCUUAUACGACCCAGUGGGAGAAAAUACCUGUCAUCAUUAGCGUCUGUAACCGUCACAGCUGAAGCAACGGGAAAUUACGUUUAUUUUGAGUCAAGAAGUGCUUGGCACACGGCAGAAUUAUCGAGUAAUGAAAUGCUUAUGUUAAACGACUUUGCAAAGGACUCAGUCAACACAUCAAAGGUUAAGUGCGACAUCGCAAAAUUCUUGUAAUCUUACCAUAUAGAACACUGCUCGAGUAAUUACUGCAGUAAUCAUAUGUCCCCAUAAGAGACACCCAACGGAACAUUCAGAAACUAAAAAGAAAAUGUUAUUGUAAGGAUAAAGAAUACAAUUUUGCAAGAGAAAGUCAUUAAACGUUUUUAUAUGUAAGUCUGAAAAAUAAAAUUUUUAUUAAAAGCACAA